GACAGUAGACCGGAAACAAUGAAUAAAAUGAGGAAGAUGAGAACAUUGGUCACGACCUUACUUGAACAGGAUCUGUUCUAUAGGAUCGUACCUCUGAAUCCUUGAUUUAUCAAGAGACCAGAAACCAUCCCUGGUUGAUGACCGAAGGCCUGGAGGUUAGAGCGUGAUUAACAGCUCUGGUUCAGCAAUGGCUCGAGCAGUAGAGGAUCGUUCUCAGUCGCUCGCGGCUGGGGUGACCUCUGGGCUGUCUGACAGGUAUUAACCUUUUUUGGUUUUGAUAGAUUCUUUUUUUUUUGCUUGGGUUCUUGUUGGUCGUGAGCUUUAACCGUUCCGACUUGAAUAACACUAGUUGCUACGUAUUAUGAAAUCCAUUUAGUGUUUUAAGAUGAGGACUAAGCUGCUGUUAAGAGAAGCUACUUUCCUAUUGCAGUAGUAAAUGAAUGUUGCGCAAUUGGAGAAAAUGCAAUUAAGGUGGAUACCUUAACCAUAUCCAGGAACUAUCAUAACAUGCAUAACAUUUAGUAACUCCUAGUUGUAUUGUUAGCACUGCUUACCUGAAUUAUUGAUUAUUUGGAAAAAAGUAUGUUUCCUGUUGUUAAGGGAAGAUUCAAGGCCAUCUUCCUUCAAACAAGAGUUUAUCAUUAUCUCGUAAUGUUAGUGCUAAGUGAAUGACUCUAACGAGAAAAGGGAGGCCAGAAGGACUUCCUUGAAGGAGUGCACAUAGGUGAUUAGCAGUUAGACUAGAAUCAUGACCUCAUGUGAUUAUUAUUUUGCCUUGUUUUUGUGUUUUUUCCUUUCUUUUCGAUGACGUGUCUUCUUUUCUAACACGUUUUAUUAAAGAAUGGAUAACAUUGUCUACUCUAAGCACCUUAAGGCUUUCAUGUUUUUGAACUUUUGUGUUAAAUGUACCAUUGGUUAGAUGUAAUGAGACAGAUACAUUUGCUGAAAAUGAAGCUGCGAGUUUGCAGACAAUAUAACUCUUAGCCAUGGGGAGAAGAGUAAGAAAAAUGCUGCUAAGUACUCAGCAAUGAUGGCUCUAUAGUUGUUGUUUUGAAGCGGUGUAUCUUCUACUUCUCGAAAACCUGAAACGCCCCAUGAAAUGUAGUUCGAUGAAGUAUUCAAAGAUCAAAUUAAAUCUGCAAUUAUAAACUUCAAGAUACCUCCUGCAUCCAAUGCUGCAUUAGGAGAUGUUUGGUGUCCAUUUAACAACGUUGCUGCCUCUUUAGCAUCUUAUCACAGAAAGUCAUCGGUAUCACUAGGAGAAGUUGCUCCACAGCUGGCACCUCUCUCAACAUCUGGUGCUCCUAUGUCUUGAGAAGCAAAUAAUAUAUUCUGAAUCAGAAGAGGGUAAUACUGCUCCCAAGGGAGUAACUAUCUUAUCAACCAAGACAAAACUCAAAAAGCUUUGGAUUCUGGGGUCUGAUGGUGAAAAGUACAUGAUUUUGCUAAAAGGGCGAGAAGAUCUGCGACUUGAUGCCAGGAUCAUGCAGCUACUUCAAGCGAUAAAUGGCUUAAUAAAAGAAGGAAGAUGAGCGGACUAGUCGCGACCUUACUUGAACAGGAUCUGUUCUAUAGGAUCGUACCUCUGAAUCCUUGAAUUAUCAAGAGACCAGAAACCAUGCCUGGUUGAUGACUGAAGGCCUGGGGGUUAGAGCGUGAUUAACAGAUUGGCUCAGCUUUGGAAAUAACUUUCAGGUUUGCAAAUAAAUAUCCCCGGUUGUGCUGGCCGUGAUCUCAUGCUUGCUUGGUUGCCAAUUCCUCAACAUGCUGAGGUUCGUAAAGAAAUAUCUUCGGUUGUGCUGGCAGUGAUCUCAUGCUUGGUGCCAAUUCUUCAACAUGCCAAGGAACUCAACAAGUCACUGGUAGAAAAUAGCGCUAUAACUCUUGGAAGACUUGCUUGGGACUGUCCAGAGCUCGUUUCACCACAUAUGGACCAUUUCAUGCAAGCGCGGAUAUGUGAUGAUUUUGAGGAGGAGGCAUUUCGAGGGUUAUGUGAAAUGGUCAGAGCAAAUCCGUCGGGGGCUUUGAGUGCAAUUCAAUUGCAAGUUGGCAGGAAAUAAGGAGCAAUGAUCUUCAAAAUGAGGUCAUUCAGGUGGUGCAAGAACACAAAUGAAUGCUUGAGAAUGGGACGUAGGAACAGUGCAUGUCCGCUCUUGAGGCUCCCAUGAAGGCAAGGCCGGUCCUAAGAAUUCGAGGACCCUGUGCAAAGAAAAAAAAUGGGCCUUUUUUUAAUGUAAAGAGAAACCAAAUGUAUUUACCUAAUGACUUAAUAUCAAUUUUUUUAACCAGACUUAAUAUCAAUUUAUUCAAUGCAAAUGCAAAAUUCGUGAGUGU